ACAAGCCUAAAACAACAAUCACAAUCAAGAAAUAUCAGCUUAGAUUUUUCUUUCAUAUUCAACACGUUGUUAUUCCUAUGGCUUCUUCCUUCUAUUUCUACAGGAUAUAUUGCCAUGACAAUCUACUUCAAGAACAACAUAACAAAUUUGCACUACAACCACUCAAGUGUAUAAACAGGUGCCAUGUCAAACAUUGUAUAUCCAAAACUAAGUGGCUUACCAGCAGAGUCUCGACUAAGCCAUCCUAUAUUUCUCCAAUCAACACUGCAAAAGUUUGAGAAAAUUAAGCCAGCAAAUGCACAAGACUUCACGCAUACUCUGACAUUUAGCGCCCACAUAACAGUUGAAAAGAUUCAAGCUACUACGACUGAGGUCUUCACCACUGACCAAGAGACUCCAGCUCCCCUUCGUGACGAGGAAAAGAUGCUACCAAACUAUGUGCCAAUCUAUGUGAUGCUCCAGCUGGAUAUCAUUUCAAGUGACAGUAUAUUACAAGAUAAGGACGGAUUAGAGCGGCAGCUUACGCAGCUGAAAGAAGCAAGCGUUGAUGGGGUCAUGGUGGAUGUCUGGUGGGGAUUGGUGGAAUCCAAAGGCUCUAAGCAAUAUGAUUGGAGUGCUUAUAAAAGCUUGUUCCAACUUGUCCAACAGUGUGGUCUGAAGUUGCAAGUUGUCAUGUCCUUCCACCAAUGUGGUGGAAAUGUUGGCGAUACAGUUAAUAUCCCACUUCCCAACUGGGUGCUUGAUGUCGGAAAAACAGAUCCUGACAUCUUCUACACUAAUCGAGCUGGUAACAGAAAUACAGAGUACCUCACACUUGGUGUGGACAAUCUACCUCUAUUUGAGGGUCGAACGGCAGUGGAGAUUUACAGUGACUUCAUGAAGAGCUUUAGAGACAACAUGGCAGAUUAUUUGGAUGCUGAACUCUUAACAGACAUUGAAGUAGGGCUAGGUCCUGCAGGGGAGCUCAGAUAUCCCUCUUAUCCAGAAAACCAAGGAUGGGUUUUUCCUGGUAUUGGAGAAUUUCAGUGCUAUGACAAAUAUCUUAAAGCGGAUUUUAAGGAAGCAGCAAUAAAGGAAGGGCACCCUGAGUGGGAAUUACCAGAUAAUGCAGGAGAUUAUAAUGACAAACCUGGAUCAACAGAGUUCUUUGGAUCGGCAGAGUACUUAACUGCAAAAGGAAAGUUUUUCUUGACCUGGUAUUCUAACAAUUUGCUGAAACAUGGUGAUCAGAUCCUUGAUGAAGCCAAUAAAGCUUUUCUAGGAUGCAGUGUCAAAUUAGCAGCUAAGGUUUCCGGAAUCCAUUGGUGGUAUAAAGAUGACAGUCAUGCUGCGGAGCUAACUGCCGGAUUCUACAACUUGAACGACAGAGAUGGCUAUCGACCAAUAGCAAGGAUGCUGUCCAGGCACUACAGUGUUCUAAAUUUCACAUGUCUAGAAAUGAGAAACUCUGAACAGCCUGAAAAUGCUAAGAGUGGACCGCAGGAGCUUGUUCAACAGGUCUUAAGUGGCGGCUGGACAGAAAACAUUGAAGUUGCGGGAGAAAAUGCUCUCCCACGCUAUGAUCGCAGUGCUUAUAAUCAAAUCCUUCUUAAUUGCAGGCCGAAUGGUGUAAGCAGAGAUUUCCCACCAAAAUUAAGGUUGACUGCUUUGACAUACCUGCGUUUAUCAGACCAGCUAUUGCAAAGGAAGAAUUUUAAAUUAUUUAAAACCUUUGUGAAAAAAUUGCAUGCGGAUCAGGAUUACUGUCCAGAUCUAAGAAAAUAUGGAAAGGUCGUCCCACUGGAGAGGUCCAAACCAAAAGUACCAACCGAGGACCUUUUAAAAGCAUCUGAAACCAUCCAGCCAUUUCCAUUUGAUAAAGAAACUGACAUGAGUGUUGGCGGCCCAAUUGCUGACUACUGGGAUGGUCUUGUGGAGAAGAUUGCUUCCAUAUUUAUUUAAGACAGAACUGCUUCAGGGGAAAAAUAAUGCGACUUGUGAUUUUUAAGAGAAGCAGAGAGUGUCAAGUCACUAAUAAGUACUAGUACUAAUAACAGCCAACAAUUGUCACUGGCUCUGGUCAUGGGAAUAUUACUUUUAUUUGAUUGAGAAUCAAACUAAAGUCAGCCCAUGUCUAAUGUUAUACAAAAUCCUCAGAUGUAUGGGAAAUGAGAAUGUUUAUUUAAUGGAGUGUUUUGUAUACUUCCGUGUA